AUGUUUGAGACAGCACUAUCUGGAAAUAGUUCUGCAAAUGUCAUGCAGACUCUCUGGUCAAUCCCUUUUGCUUGGAAACUGACAUUGCCAAUAUUGGCUGUUGUCUUCUACAUUUUGAUACUGAUUGUGUACCGACUGUGGUUGCACCCGCUUGCAAAAUACCCUGGACCACUGCUAGCCAGACUCACUAACUGGUAUGCCGUGUACCAUGCAUACAAAGGAGACCGACAUCUGGAUAUGUACUAUGCACAUCAAAAAUAUGGUGAGCAGGCCAGGGGAGCUGAGGAGCUUCUGCUUACGAGGUCGACUCCGCUAGGCAAAUUUGUACGGCUCGCUCCCAACCUGGUUACAGUCAACGAUGCAGCCGCCAUAAAGGAAAUUUAUGGAGUCAAUCAGAAUGUCAGAAAAUCCGUCUUCUACCAACCAGCCAUUGAGCAUUCAGGGAUAGAAAGCACAUUCAACGCUCGUGAUAGACAGCUCCACGCCCAAAAAAGACGUAUUUUAGCCCCGGCCUUCACAGAACCCGCGUUGGCGGCUAUGGAGGACUACAUGCAAUCUCACAUCCGCCGAUUGUUCCAUGCAGCCUCUGGAGAGGAAAUCUUCCAGAGCGAGGCGCAAUGUUGGACAGCCGACAUGGGGAAAUGGGGCAACUACUUGACGUUCGACGUCAUGGCAGAUCUAGUAUUUGGAAAAGACUUUGGUAUGCUUGCUGGCGAUGAAAGCAGAGAACUGCCUGAGAUUAUCGACGGGGCUGUGCACCGUGAACUGAUUGCCGGCUCAAGUCCCUUUGUCAACAGAUGGGGACUAGACAAGAUACUCUUUCCAGACAUUGUCAAACGAGGAUCAAAACUGAUCAAGUACGCAAAGCAACAGGCCGAGAUCCGGCUCAAGGCCGAUCCAAACCGGAAGGACUUCUUCUGGUAUCUGAGCAACGCCAAAGAGAAGGAUGGCCGUCUAUCUUAUUCUGAUCCGCGAGAGAUCUUCUCCGAGGCCAGGACAUUGAUUAUUGGAGGUUCGGAUACUACUGCCACCCAGCUUGCGGCCAACUUCUUCUACAUCACUCAAAAUCCCAAGACACUGGCGAAGCUCACCGCGGAGGUGCGUUCCACCUUCCCCAAUGUCGACGCCAUUCGACUAGGACCCGCAUUGGACUCGUGUCGCUAUCUGCGCGCCGUGGUCGACGAGACUCUUCGCAUUAGCCCCAGUCUUCCAGGAAUACUGCCGCGCGAAGUCCUCCCUGGCGGCCUCAGCGUCUGUGGCGAGCAUUUCCCUCCAGGCGUCGAUCUAGCCGUCCCAAUUUAUACUGUGCAUCACAAUACCACGAUCUACCCAUGCCCGCACAAACACAUCCCAGAGCGCUGGCUGCCCGAUCAAACGAGCGAGGAAGCAGUCAAGCAAUGCCAUGAGGCGCUGACUCCGUUCUCCUACGGAAGCAGGAUGUGCAUUGGCUGGCGCCUGGCGUUGAUGGAGCUGCGGCUCACAAUUGCCCGUGCGGUGUGGAUGUUCGAGUUGGAGUAUCUGGGAGGAGGACGGGAAGACCGUUUACGCGGGCCUGACUCGGAGGGAGUUGAAUACCAGCUCUUGGAUCACAUGGCAGCAGGACGAAACGGACCGAUCAUCCGCUUCAGGAAGAGAGAGGCGUUUUGA